CCCGUCGCCGCCUGUGAGCUGGCUAGCUGGUUGACGCGCAGCGCAUCAGCCUAGCGGGCGUAUCUGGCUGGGAGCUCGCCGGCUGCUGGAAGCUCACCUCCAUCGAACUGCCCACUGCCAGCCAGCAACCCCCAUCAAUCACCACAACGUAACACGCUCGAUCACCAUGGAGGUUCUACUGGGCAUCACGGGCAAGGACUUCGUCCUCAUCGCCGCCUCCAAGGCUGCGAUGCGAGGCGCCACCAUCCUCAAGGCCUCCGACGACAAGACGCGGCCGCUCACCAAGCACACCCUUCUGGCGUUCUCAGGAGAGGCGGGAGAUACAGUCCAAUUCGCCGAGUACAUCCAAAGAAAUGCCCAGCUCUACUCGAUGCGCAACGAGACCGACCUGUCGCCCUCCGGCCUCGCCCAUUUCGUACGCGGCGAGCUGGCCUCGAGCUUGCGCUCGCGACACCCUUACAACGUCAACCUGCUGAUGGGCGGCGUUGAUCCCAUCACGGGCAAGCCGCACCUCUACUGGCUGGACUACUUGGCGUCGCUGGCCGAGCUGCCCUAUGCGGCCCAUGGAUACGCACAAUACUACUGCCUGUCCAUCCUCGACAAGCACCACCACCCCGACAUCACGCUCGGACAGGGCAUCAAGAUUCUGACGAUGUGCACGGACGAGCUGAAGAGGCGGUUACCGAUCGACUUCAAGGGCAUGGUGGUCAAGGCGAUCAAGGCGGAUGGCAUCGUCGACGUAGAGUUCGAUGAUGACCGCGUGGUGAAGAGCGCAUGAGGAGGUGGCACGGUUAGGGGAGUGCAGGGACAUUUGUAAUAUUACGCUACGAGUAAAACGUAGACUAAACUUGACAAAAUGGGCAUAGGUGCACAGCUGAUGAAGAGACUUGAUGGGCCAUGAAGGGAGGAAGAAGGGCUAUGUAGGUGGCCGAGCGAGAGAGAGCAGUGAACGAGCCGGCCAACUGGGAGGCUAACCAACUAACCCGUAACACCGCCCUUCAGCCGAUCCUAUAACAUGAUGCCCGUAAUCCUAGC